UCAGUUUAAUGAAAAGAAAAAAAAAAAAAUACAGACGCUCUUUUCGUUCUUUUUUUGAUACAACACAAGUUUCAUCAUCUUCUUCAUCUCGCUUCCACCGGCGCCGCCGCCACCAUUCUUCGUUCCAGCAAAGGUUUGGCUUCUUCCUGGAAGCUUCCUUGAAAUGGAGGAUGAUGUCGUUACAUUAACUUGUCAAUCUUGUUACUAUGUGGGUGAAACUGUGGAAUUGGAUGGCUUCUACUACUGCAGUAGCUGUGGAGAGCAGAAUCUUGAUGUUGUUGACACUGGUGCUGAAGAGGGAGAAGGGAUUGGUAUCGGAGGUAUCUACUUGGCCAGUCACCAACGUCGAGCAUCUGCUCCUUCGCAGCCAAUUAGUGCGGAACCUAUCUCUACGUAUACCCCAUCCCAAUCCAAUUUACUUCGGAAUCUUGGGUUAGAAGCAAAAGAAGAGAAUGUUAACCGAUCCCAGUUUGAUGGCUUUGAUGGGUUUGAUGGGGCAAGUCCAUGGGAACCCGAAGAUUUUGGCUCGAAAGCUGUAAGCCCGGAAGACUAUUAUAAGGAGAUAAGAAUGCGGUAUGUUGUGGGGUUGCAGGUGAUGAUUGAGCUUCAAUGUGAAGCAUUGGUGAAGGAGUUUAAGGUUACCCCGUUAAUAUGUGGCUUGGUUGGUCCAAUUUGGUUGAGGUUUGUCUCCAAGACUGGUGUUUUCGAUGAUGAUUGGGCUGAUAAUGUAAUUAAUGACUCUGAGAUGAAGAGAGAAGAAGAACCAGAAGAUUAUAAGAUACGUUCCAAAUACCAAUCAGAACCCCACAAUAACUACGGUCAGCGUGCAGCGUUUAUAUGGUUUAGGUCUUUAAAGAAUAGGAUUCCACUAGUUUGUACUGUUGUCGUUUCAUAUUUGGCAUGUCAUAUUGCCAGGGAAGCAAUCAUGCCAUCGGACAUGAUUAAGUGGGCACGUGAAGGGAAGCUUCCAUAUUUUUCUGUUUUUGUUGAACUUGAAAGCCGCUUGGGAGAACCCCCAAUUGCAUGUCCUAUCAGUUCAAGUUCUAUGUUCAGGCCUCAGCGAGCUCUUUCCGUACAUAAACUAGAGUUAUAUGCUUCAUCCUUUGCUCAAUUUAUAGGCUUGGAGUUACCUCCGGUGAACUUUUAUGCAUUAGCUUAUCGUUAUCUUGAAAAGUUAUCUCUUCCUGUUGAAAAGAUUCUUCCUUACGCAUGCCGCAUUUAUGAAUGGUCGAUGUCUCCAGAUUUGUGGUUAUCAUUAUCCAAGGAUUAUUUUAGGCUACCUACUCAUGUUUGUGUUGUAUCGAUUCUGGUAGUCGCAAUAAGGAUUUUGUAUAAUAUUCAUGGUUUUGGAGAAUGGGAGAAAAGUUUAUCUCAUAAUGAUAGUGCCAAAGAUUCAGCUAAAGAUCCAAAUGAACAACACGAAUUGGAUUGUACCGGGCUUCUCCAACACCUUCACGCAGUAUAUAAUGAGAUUGCAGACAUCCAUGAGUAUUCCAAGGACUUACCUACAUAUCUCAAAUACUGUAAGGAUGUUGUGUUUGCUGGAUUAGAACCAUCUUAUGGGAAUCAUGAAGAGAAAAAUAUGAUGGAAACACUAUAUAAACAUUAUCAGAAUGAAGAGAAUACUAAACCAUCAGAACCUGAAAAGCAACACGAUGCUUCUUGUAAUGGAACAGGGUUGAGCGAUGAAGAAUGUAUGGAGCAAAUAUCUAAAAAGAAAAAGAAAAAACGAGAAUUCAAUGAACCUUCUCCUGAUGAUAAAUCCUCCGAGAGUUUGUCAGAAGCCAUUGCACAAUUGAAAUUAGAUAUGGAGGAAAACAGAUUUUGUUACGUAGCACCAUCUAGUGUCAAGCCGACACAUGAUUAUAUUCACUAUGUAAGAAAGAAGGAUAAAGGUGCCCUGUCCUAUGUUGCUCAUGCUGAUUAUUACAUUUUGCUUCGCGCUUUUGCCAGAGUUGCAUAUGAUGAUGACAUUCGGAUUUUGCAUGUUGGUGUUUUGAAUCUUGAAAGAAGACUUGCUUGGCUGGAGAAAAGGGUUGGACAAUGUUUGCGUUUGAAACCUCCCAAUGUUUCUUGUGAGUUUUGUACUAUUAGGGCCACUGAAAAUGAAUCAGGGGAUGGAUCUUAACUAUCAAACCUGAAUAUUUUGAAAAUUAUUUUUUCCUUUA